CACAAGCAGCCCUUAGCAGCAGCCUCUCCGCUUCUAAAGCGUCACGGCCACAGCGACCAAUCACAAAGACCGGCCCCUACCACGUGGCAGUGCCAUCUUGUUUGCGGGCAGAAGGGAUUCACACCACGUGGUUUGAUGGGCGAUGCCAUUUUUAUUAUGGUGCAGGAAGGGCGUAGGCCACGUGAUCUGCAGACGUGGCCAUCUUCCUUGUGGGCGGAAGUGCUCAGCCUCUGUAAGCCGGCUGCCCUUGGUUUCCUUUAUGAGGACCCUUUCGUUUAAUCUUUGCUGGUCCCUUGGUCAGACUGGAAGAGCUGGUGACUUAUGUAACGCACCAAGGGUCUUCAACUACUUGCUUGUUGGCAGAGUUACCAGGCACAGGAUCAUGCCUGCAGGCUGCCUCAAAGCUGGCAGUGGAACCAGACUCCUGAUGCCCAUCGGCCGGGCUCACAGGGUGCCAUGCGAGCGCAGGAGGGAUCCCACCCUGGCCACGGAACCUUCUCACUCUGGGCCCACCCCCUCGGCCCCCAGCUGCCUGGAUACCGCCUGCCUAGCAACGAGGGACACGACCACUGGGAUGGAGGCCAAGGCCCCGCAGGAGGAGCCUGGGCAGAGCAAAGCAGGACUGGAGAUGAAGACAGAGACUAAAGGACUGUUCCCGACUGCUGUGUCCAAAGAGAAUCUCCGGGAGAGAUCCCUGCGACAGAUCUUUGGGUCCAGCCAGACUUUGCGAGACCUCAAGGACCCCAGCGGAGUGAAGUCCCCGACAGCGAUUGUGCAGAACAGGAUACAGGAGCACCGUCAGAGAGGGAAGGAGUUCUUCUCCCAAGGCGAGUGGGAGAAAGCUGUCAUUUGUUAUUCCAAAGCCAUUAACCUGAACCCCCAGCAGGUGGAGUUCUAUGUACAGAAGGCAGAAGCCUUUCUCCAGCUCUGUGAUUUCCAGUCUGCUGUGCUGAACCUCAGAAAGGCGUAUUCCUUAUCCUCUGCAAAGGAAGAAUAUGUAGAGCGCAUGGCCUUCAUUAUUUACCUGCAGGGCCAAUGUCUGUUUGACCAAGAGGUCUAUUGGGAUGCUUUGGAGUCCUUCACUCGAGCCUCAGAGCUGCAGCCUGACAACUCACUCUAUCGCAGGAGGAGCAUUGCCUGUCUCGCAGCCCUGAACAGAUACCAGGACUGUUUUCGGCUCGUCAAUGAAGAGCUAGAUCAAGACUCAAAGAACCCAGAUCUGUACAUCCUGAGAGCCAAGCUGCAUGAGCACUUCAGUCGGGCUACCCUGUGUUACCAGGACGUCCAGGAGGCCAUUGCGCUGGAGCCGCGGCACGAAGAAGCUCAGCUUCUAAUGCAGAGGCUGCUGAAACGAGCACAGAAAGCCAAGAACCAGGCUCUGAAUAAGGCCUUGAAGGGAAACCUGAAGGAUGCCCUGCUCAAAAUCACCUUUGCCAUCGAGAACAGCCCCUUUGAUGCAGGGUACUUCAUCUUCAGAGGGACUCUACACAGAAGGGUCAAAGACUUCAACUCAGCCAUUGAUGAUUACAUCAAGGCCACAGAGCUCUGCGAAGAAGAGGGAGCUGUGGCCAUGGAGGCGCAACGGCAGCUCCUGCUCACGUACAACGACUUUGCAGUGCACUGCUAUACUCAGGGCUUCUUCGAAGAGGCUGUGCUGCUCCUCAACAAAGCCCUGAAAGGGGAGAAGAACGAGAAGGGACUCUAUGUCAACAGAGGAGACUGCCUCUUCAGGCUGGGAGAGCUAACCUUUGCCUUGGCGGAUUAUCAGCAGGCGCUGGAAUUGAGUCCAAUGGACUUUAGUUUGCGAAGACGCGUUGGUAUGUUGCUGGAUGAACUAGGAUUGCAGGCGCACAAGCAGAGAAAGUACCAGCGGGCAGUACACUGUUUCUCUGGUGCUAUUGAGAGCAACCCUCGCCUGCCACACUAUUACCUGCACCGGGCCAAGAGCCGCCUGUUCCUGCAGGAUGAGAUGAGUGCUAAGGAGGAUGUGAUCAUAGCUCUGUUGCUGGACCCUGAAAAUGAUGCGGUCCUACCUGUUGUAACCAGCCUCUUUCCAGGACAGCCCAUCCAGGAUAUUAUUAGCAGCAAGAUUGCGGAGGUUGCCAAAACAAUCUUGGAAAGAAAGCUUCAAGCCUGCCCGUACUCCAACAGCCCAGCUAAACUCAAAUGGCCAGCUGGAGCUCUGGAGGAUGAACCAAAGGAACCAGGUGCUCAGAGUGAAGAUCCCGAGAGAGCCCUGCAGGAUUCAGAGAGCGUCAUCAGCUCUUGUGCCACGGAACAUGAACUGUACAAGCAGAUAGCUGUCUCCAGAAAGACAGUGAGUAAAGUAAGUGAACCUGGCUUGGAGGAGAAAAAGUGAGAAGGCAGGAAAAGUCAGUACAAAAACUGUUCCAGCUUCAUGUAAGAGACAGCACCUGAGCUGCCUGGGUUACAGACACUAAGCUGUGUUUCAGUGGAAAGUAGGUGCAUUUUUAGACUCCUUUCCUGCUACCUCGGCUCUAAUAAAUAUAUUGCUUCUCUCGCUUCACUUCCUCUGUAGCCCCUUCCUGUUUUUUUCAUCUUUAUUUUUUUGGUAUCUGCACAGACAUCCUUUCCUCCUGCAAGGUGUGGACCCAGCCGUUGUCCAGGUAGCCUAGGAGUGGUCUUCCCAAAGCAGGAAAGCCAGCUCUCCCAAAAAUUUUAGCCAGUUUUCCAGGAAGUCACUGUAUUUACAGGCUUUGCUGUACUGCAAGCUAGUGCCACAGAAGAGUGCUGAAUUAAUAAGAAACUUCUAACACUGCUGCCUUAGAGGUGAACAUCUAAGGAGCUGUUUGUACAUAGUGAUAAGAUUUGGACAGGAAAGCAGACUAGCUGUGAAUGAUCUCUGCGCACUGCAUUAAUCUGAACGCGGGCUGAGCAGGAGGAAUGCUUUGAUUAGGAUAAACUCUUAAACCAGAGCUGUUAAUCUAAUGCAACUCACUCUGGGUGGCUGACCUACAUAUGCCAUGUAUUGAAAGUUUUGUGAAGUUAUGCCUGUCCCUUGUACCCCAAACUCUCACCUCAAUUGCUCUGACUUGGAUGGAGAGGAGAGUGCUAAACCUGGUUUCCAAAACAACAACAAAAAGAUUUCCGUUUCAAUUUGUAUUAAAACGAAUGAGGAAGUUGACCAUGAGAACUGGAGGAAAAAAUGACUGUGGCAACUGGGUUCUCCCUCUUAAGGUGAAAAUGUCACUGCUAACUCUCUGGAUGUACGGUGAAGUAGAAGAUAACAUUUGUUCUGCUCUAAUCCCUCUGUUGUGGUUUUAAUGGUCUCCUGAACAACUCCUUGAGUUUUUAAACAAAGGGACGUAUGUGGCAGAGAAAACAGAUGCCAGUGCUCUCUUAUCGUUUAACUUUGACAGAGAGCAGCUGAGACUUCACCAUUCCCUAUGCCAGCUGCCCCCACUGAGGAUGCAUGGUCCUGCUUAUAGUUGAGUAUGGCUCUUUCACUGAUCUUUGACAUCAGAGGAAGACCACUACUCUUGUUUUCCAUUAUCAGACAAUAGAUAUUUCUUCAUGUCCCUGCCUGAAUUAGUUUUGUCAGGUCAGGCAGCUGUCCCAAGGCAUUAUGCAGGCUCACAGAUAC